AUGACAGUCAUCCCAGAAACAGACUCAAUCAUCACCCCAGACUCAAAGCCAGAAUCAGAACCCCGUUUCACCUUCACCACUGUACCAGGGUACUUUCUCCCGGAUCUCGAGGAGACGGAUCCCGGCAAGUUUGACUAUGACUCUACAAACUUUGGCCUCAUAGACCGCACAUACCCCUCUGACAAAGAUUUUGAUCCCAUAACCCUCCCGCAAACGACACAGUGGGAGCGUUUUGAGCACCAUGUCCGGAAACUAAACGCCGAUGCCAAAGUUUCUAGUCCGCCAGUUUCGUAUAAGGUUCUUUUCCUUGCAAGACAUGGAGAGGGGUAUCAUAAUGUUGCGGAGAGGUAUUAUGGGCGAGAAGCGUGGGAUUCCUACUGGUCCCUCCAACCAGGCAAUGACAAAUGGACCUGGUUCGACGCCAAACUCACUCCCACCGGCACCGACCAGGCCCUAACAGCCCGCAAGGCAUGGAAGAAGCACCUCGAGACGAAUCGCAUUCCGGCCCCGGAAUCGUACUACGUCAGUCCCCUGAUGAGAUGUCUGCAGACGGCUAGACUUACCUUCGAGGGAAUUGGGGUUGCGGGAACGAAGCCAUUUACGCCUGUUGUUAAGGAGAAUAUAAGAGAAACACUAGGAAUGCAUACAUGUGAUGCCCGCUCUCCCAAGUCUGUCAUCGAGGCUGCAUAUCCGACCUACGUCUUCGAGGAGGGGUUUUCUGACGCUGAUCCGGAUCCGUUUUUUGAUCCGGCGCGUCGCGAGUCGAAUAGUGAGCGGAAUGCGAGGGUUCGGGGGGCUCUGGUUGAUAUCUUCUCUCGGGAUGAGAAUGUGUUUGUCUCCGUCACGGUGCAUUCGGGGGUUAUUACUUCUUUUCUGGAGGUCAUUGGGCAUCGGCCUUUUCAGGUGAUGACAGGGGGUGUGGUGGCUGUACUUGUUAAGGGGGAGCGUAUUGGGGUUGAUAAGGCUAUCCUGUAA